CUGGGACGGCGCGCGCGCUCCGUGUUUCCAAGCAGAGAUUACUCUGUGGAUUACUCAUGUCCGCCGGUUUUUUUGCGCAAUGGCGCCACCAAAAUACAUAGUCGUUAAGUUUUUGGAUAAGAAAGAUGGAGAUAACUUCGCAUUCGUGCCCGAGUCGUGGGUGGAAGCAGACCGGCCCACAGAUAACACAAUAGUAAUAUUUUAUCCCACAGAAGAUAAAAUAGCAACAGAAAAUCGCGUUAAAAACAACGAGCAACCGAGGGCCGAUUGGAACCAAUAUUUGUGCGAACUGCUACAUACGACCAGUGUGAAGGGAGAGAAGCGAAGAUGCACACUUUCGUCAAACUCCGCUUCAAAGCAGUCAAAACUUCCUACCAUUAACAAUGCACACACCACCGUACAACCAAUCGAUGAACCUCAAUAUGCAACGAUAUUGAAUCCAUCACCACACGUCGUUGGACCUAUGGUGAACUUCUUCAUUCCCAUCGGAGAUUUCGUGUGUAACCUUCAAGUACCAACGCAACUGCUGGACUUAGCCAAUGAGUACACAAAACCUGGCAGUGCGUGUACCACUGCAAAGAAAGAAGGUCCAAAUAUUGCCCUAAAGCAAACAAAAAUUGAUGAAUACAACAAAACGGUGAAAAUGAACGAAUCGAAUAUAAUGUCCAAUGAUCAUCCAGAUCAAGAAGGCACGAGAUGGACGCUGAGGCAUCCGCGUCCAGGCCCGGGGCUCGUGGAACUCUGCGAUAACAGUAAAGUGUACGUGAAUGGCGACCAGCUCCGAAGGUAUACAGCGGCAGCAGCAACAAGCAGGAACCUCGUUCGUACACUACUCUCUCUCGUUUUCACCGAGGAAGCUCUGUCUAUCUGUACUUUGACAAGAAAGAAGAGUCAAUUAGAUAUGGAAGCGGUCUACGCUAUGUUUAAGUAUGUGGGUAAUGUCGGAAGUCAGAGGAAGUGGGGUGACGUCGAUAUUCAAUAUUUGAACGAAUGCGUACGCCAGAAACUGCAGGAAAUAAGGCGGCGUACGACCACGAAAAGCUACACACAGGGGUAAUGGGAGUGCUUGCAGGCAGGUGAAGGACCCUCAUCAAUAGGGGACCGGCCUGUGUUCGAUUUUGUACAUUAUUCUAUAUGAAAUGGUUAAUAAUACGAAAAAGAAACCCUCCUGCGAAAACUGCAUUAAAAUUGGUUAAAAAAUGAGCCAGUAAUUCAUAUUUCAAAUAUUACUAUGUGCCGAAGUGGGCGCGAAGUGGGGAUAUCGCUUCAUCUCUUUCUUUCGCACGCGUCGUAAUGCCCGAUGACGUCACACGUGGGUAUUG